GAAGAAAGCACUCGAUGAAGUUAGCACCUUGAAAGGAUACGAAGCCCAAGGGUCUGAAGCAGAUUUGGUGAAAUCGGUUGUCAAAAAGCGUUGAGCGAAUUGAAGAAAAAGUUCGAGUUGGUUAUUUCUGAGAAUUUGGUCGGACUUGAUAGUCAUGUGAAUAAGGUUAUGGAAUUUGUGGCUAAUAAAUCUAAUGCCACCCUAUUUGUUGGCGUCCAUGGAAUGGGAGGCAUUGGUAAGACUACUCUUGCCAAAACCAUCAACAACAAGCUCUCUAAUCAAUUUGAGCUUCGUAGCUUCAUUGCUGAUAUAAGGGAAUCAUGCAAGCAAAAUGGCAUGCAUUAUUUACAAAAUCAGUUAAUAAAUGAUAUAUUGAAGCAAGAUGGUGGAGUUCGCAAUAAGGAUGAAGGGAUUAAGUUCAUCUCCUCCAAGUUUAAAGGUAAAAAGGUCCUCGUUCUUCUUGAUGAUGCGGAUGAAGUUGUUCAGUUGAAGUGUUUGGCUGGUGAUCAUGAUUGGUUUUCUUCGGGAAGCAAGAUUAUUAUUACCACCAGAAACAAGAGGAUUCUUGAAGAAGCUAGGGUGGACUACAAUUAUGAACAUAAGGAAAUGGAUAACAAUCAAUCUUUGAUUAUGUUUAGCAAACAUGCAUUUCGAAGGAACUCUCCUCCAAGGGAAUUUGAGGACCUCACUCAUGAAGUUGUAUCCAUCACUGGAGGGCUUCCCUUAUCGCUUGAGGUUUUUGGUUCAUUAUUGUGUGGAAAAGAGCCAACACAGUGGAUAAAUACAAUAAAGAAGUUAAAAAGAGUUCCUCAUACGGAAGUGCAUAAAAAGUUAAGAAUAAGCUAUGAAGCAUUAGGCUAUAGACAAAAACAAAUAUUUUUGGAUAUCGCUUGCUUUUUUAUUUGCACUAACAAGAUAAUCGCAUCCUACAUGUGGGACGCUUGUGGCUUUUUCCCAAGUGAGGGAAUUGAAGCAUUGAUAUUUAUGUCAUUAAUAAAAGUUGGAAAUGAUCAUAAGCUCAAAAUGCAUGACCAAUUGAGAGAUCUUGGUAGGGAAAUAGUUUGCGAGGAAAACUAA